CUACGUUUUUCUUCCGGUACUUGAUACGGGCGGCUUCCCAGAGAGAAGCGUCGCUAUUUACAUCAAUAUUUUCGGACGGUGCUUCCGAGCGGAGACACUGAGCUAAACCGUCGGUAGGGCAUGUUCAUAGCUCCACUUUUACACACUUAUUAUUUCAGUAACUAUGCUCGUUAGCCGCAGUCGCGGCUUCUUUUGUGCGCCGUUCGGAGCGGAUUUCUGUGACGCUGGCGAGUGAUACCCGUGUGCACUGCAGUGGUGCGCAGCUUCGCCUGGAGGAACACCUGUGCGCCUCUCUGACGGCCACAGUCAUGAAUGCUGAGUAGACAGGAUGUAGGGGAGGAUCUACUGGAGCAGGAUAACCAUAAGCGAUAACCCUAGGCGCAGUGUCUGUCUGCAUUUGUCUGAGAGAACAAGCAGGGGAGCAGCACAGACAUCAUGCAAGGAGAACCCUCCCUUAAUUGCACAGCGCUGAAAUGUUGAGCCUGAAGAACAGGAGUGUCUCAUCGCAUCAGCAGACUGUUUACAUCAGAGGGGGCCAGAAGAACUGCUUCACACCAGACUCCAUAACACCUCGUGUGUGUGGUUCGAGGCCCCUUUUCAUCACAGUCGAGAAAAGACACAUUAACUGAUCCAUAAUUUUUCUGUCGGGUUCAGCGUACCAGCUAGAGAUGGAGUGGUCGCUGGAGAACGUGAGAGAGAUGGUGGCUGGAGGGAUGCAGUCUGUGAGGGAGUGUGAGGUCUGUGCUUUAGCCAUAGCCAUGUGUGUGCUGCUGCUGUUCAUGUGGUACUGUUACAGAGUGGGCCGCGAGCAUGGCUCCAGCCCGCUGCGUGGGAGGUACCUGACUGGGUCGGGUCGGAUUGGAGGAGUGGUGGGGGGUUUCAUGAGUUCGGACUGCCGUGGCAGGGGCAAAGGGAAGCACGGGUCAAUGCUGGGGGAGCAGAACGGCUUUGCUUUCUGCCAGUCAUCAGAGUGUUUCCGUUGUACCAGCGCUGGGGAGAGUCUGAACCAGAGGCUGUACCACAGCCUUCAGGAAUACGCCAAGCGCUACACCUGGUCAGGCAUGGGGAGGGUGCACAAGGGUGUCCGAGACCAGGGCCGGUACCUCAACAGCCGACCGACUAUCCAGCGGCCAGAGGUGUUCUUCCUCCCCGACCUGUCGUCAGCCCCUUUCUUCUCUAGGGAGGUUCAGAGGCAUGAUGUGGAGCUGCUCGAGCAGAGCUUCCCUGCCCUUCUGGCUGAGUUUGAGAGCAUCUACCACCAGCCUCCAGCGCGCAGUGGCUCCUCCCUCCCACCAGGGUGGAAAGCCAACAACACUCCUCGUGGGCAGUGGUGGACCUACUACCUGGUCAACCAAGGCACGCCUUUGGUUUUAAAUGUCCGGAGAUGUCCACGGGCCUGGCGGGUUCUGGGCCAGCUGCGCACCUUCAUCGCCAACAACAUUUUUGGGAAUGCCUGCUUCUCCGUGCUGACCCCCGGAGCUCUCAUUACUGAGCAUUACGGUCCAACAAAUGUCAGGCUGCGCUGCCACCUGGGUCUCCGAGUGCCUCCUUCCUGUGAGCUUGUAGUUGGUGGAGAGCCACAGUGCUGGUCUGAGGGCAGCUGUCUGCUUUUUGAUGACUCCUUUCUCCACAGGGCUUUCCAUGAUGGCAGCGCAGAGGACGGCCCAAGGGUCGUCUUCAUGGUGGACCUGUGGCACCCUAACGUGGCCGCCGCUGAGAGACAAGCCUUGGACUACAUUUUCACACCAGGUCGCUUGGAGGACAGGGAAGGAAAAUAGGUGUGAGUGAGAAACCAUGUCUGAAUAGGAGACGGAUGGCUUUUAGACGUGUGCGUCUGUAAUGUUGGGGAGCAACUCUUUUUCUGCCUCUAGACCAGCUUCCUUGUUCACUGUGUGCACACUCUCCAGCUCACAGUGUUGAUUGUAAUUAUUGUUCUUGGCAGACGACCAAACCUUGGGCCUCUUUUAUCAAUCUAUUUCUGUUGUAAACUCUUUGCUGCUAGUGCAGACCAGCCUGGCUUUCUUGGAAUUCUACAAGAAUUUCCUUUUUAUUUAUUUUGACUAAACAAUCACUAGAUUAUUUUUUUCCUAACUGGGAGCUAGGGUCACACUGACUUUGUUUAGGUUGUUGCUUAAAGCAGCUCAGCAGUUCAAGGACAGAGCAAAGUUCAAAACACAAACCAGACGAAUGGCUCUUAAAUAAUAUGUAACCGUUUGGUUUGUUAAUUGCAGCAUAUUAAGUCCUCAGUCCACCUUAUGCUGUUAGUUCUUAACCAAUCUGGGUCACUGAUCAACCUUCUUCCCUGACUAUACCUGCAUACAUUUCUGCAAGGGCUAAAGAAAAGAUCGUUCACUUAUUUUCUAUAACUUAACUCAUCCAGUUGAAUUUGGGAUCUAAUUGUCAGGAAGACCACCACGUUUUCAUUAAAUAACAGGUCUUUAGUAAAUUUCAAAUGUUUACAUGUUUAUGAAUGACUCCUACAUAAAGAAUGUUCAUCUCACUGAUUGUAUUACCAGUUAUGAUUUUAUAAAAUCUCAAUGUAAUAACCACCACAGCUUAAUUUUUCACAAUCUAAAAAGCACUUCAGACCAAAAAAACAAGAGUCAGUGUAGAAACAUUCAGGUCACGAUGUUUAUAAAUCUGGACCAAACUGGUCAUUUUUAACAUGCAGACCCCAACUAAAGGCUUCAGAGUGUUUAUAACUAGAUUUGUUUAUGUUUGCUUUGAUAAUUGAGGUCCAAUGUGAAUGAGGAUUUAAAUGUUUACAGGUCCCGUCUACGUCUCGCUGGUGGAUUGUGCUCCGUCAGAAAAUCUGUCAGGCUUUCACAAGACAUGGUUCAAUAAGCACAUUUCCAGUUAGGGUUUUAUAAGUCGGCCAGUGCUGUGAUGCGAACAAUUAGCAGUUUUUGGUGAAGUUACUGAACUCUGUUAAUUUAGUUGCAUUUGAUAUCAGGUUUGUAUUUCUGUAAAUAAGGCUGAAUGAACACUGGGUACAAAAACCCACUUUGAAUGGUACGAAAUGUUCUGAAAUGAUCGUCUUGCUUUAACUAUGGUGUUGUCUUGAGUUUUAGCUGAAGUGAUUACGAGUCAUUCUCUGAUUCAAGGAGCCAACCAUUUUUGAUAGAUUGGAUUAGUAUGUUCUGUAAAAUCUUUCUGAUGUGCUACUCUCUUUGUUGUUCUGUGAUGUUUUUAUUUAUUCCCCCAUCCCCUCUCACUGUAAUUUUGCAGCACAGCGUGGUUCUCCAUUCAAACAGCCACAGUCUUUACUUGUUCAACUGCAAUUCCAGAAUAAACGUGCGCAGUCUAAAGGGAUGUGAAAUAAAACCUCUGCUUUCCUUGUCCGCUGCAGUUCCAGAGACCCAUCUGUUCUGUUCUAAUGUUUACAAAGGUGUGCUCAUUUACACACUGUUUACAGCACCUGAUCUCUGACACACACACAUUUAGCUGUGCGUAAUUGGGUUUAAAAUAGAGUCUACUAACUCUGGUUUCAACACACACACACACACACACACACAGUAUGAUGGGCAACCAUUCUGUUUACAUUUGAAUUAGAGAUUUAUCCUUAAACACUUUCUUGUGUGGAUUUUGAACAGUAUUUAUGUACAUUUAAUAAAUGGUCCAGUAUCUUAUUUAA